CUCCGCCUAAUCUGCCUUGUCAUGCGACGUUGUGAUAUCCACUUCCCUCAUUACCCACGACAAGCCUGACUCGGGACAUUACGCUGCCAAACCCCUUGAUACACCACUGCAACUCUCAGUGCCACAGAGCUUCGCCUACUGCGGGCACACACACCGCACGCACCUACCCCGUCGCUCAGAUCCUCGACGCGCGCCGUGGCAUCAUAAGCUUGCUCUGCUCAGCCUCACGCACAAGCGACGACUAACAACGGCACAUUCGCUCCCACACAUCCGCUCGAGCUUGACCUUCGCUUCGCUGCCACAUCCUCGCCGUAGCCUUUACCCAUUCUGCAGAGUUACAGGGCGAGUUAGAGCGGCGGCGAGAAGUUGUUAGACGCAACACAUCUAUCUCACUUGAGCAGCCCCGCCUCUCGCUCACUUCGAAGCGACGCUGUGACUUGUGAUUCGCGUUCAGGAUGUCAAGCCAUCGUCCCAUCUCCCCGGGCAUGGCAGAGAGGCCUGGAGAUGACUCCGCGGUAUCUGGAACCAGGAGCAGGCUGAACGAGUCGGUUUCUCCCGCGAUGACACGGGAAUUGGUGCUCAACUAUCUGGUGCAUCACUGCUACCUCGACACCGCUUUAGCCUUCGCUGGCGACGGCAUCGCAGCGGAAGGAUCCAGUGGCACAGACAUUCGCAGUAAAUCUCAGGCCCCUGGCUCUUCUAGGCGACCAGGUCUCGGCGCUGGUGUCGUACCCCCUCCUCUCGCAAGAGGAGACUCGAGCACGGAGAUGGAGAUAGAAGUGGAUGAAGCCUUGGCCAUCGCAGCCGAGCUGAAUGGCAAGACCCAAGCCGCACGACAAUCAGCUGACAAGACCUUGAACGGCAAAGGGAAAGGCAGAGACGACUUGCACAAGUUUGCGUCUGGGCUCGAAGGGCAUGACAACGUAGGUGAACUCAGUGGCGAUGACGUCUUUCAGAUUAGCAUCAGGCGAGACAUCCGGGACCACAUCUUGAGCGGUCGCAUCUACGCUGCCAUCGAAUUGCUAGAUGAGCAUUUCCCAGCUGUGGUCAGCUCCUCCGCGGCAGCUGGGCGGUUGAGACGCUCUGAAGCAUCGCUACAGACGCUCGACCCAAGUAGCGUGUACGCACGGCUUUCAGGAGGUCUUGCGGGCUCCGUCAAUGCUUCAAAUGGUGCAUCGGGGGCGGCUAGUGGCAACGGAAAGAGCGGCAGGCCGAAAGCUGCUCUGCCUGCCUACCGACCCAGCCUAGAUCCAGAUCACGUCGCUCUCAAUCUGCAGAUCCAAGCUUUCAUCGAGGCUGUCAGGGGCUCCUCUGCUACCGGUACAACAAGGUCCGUCGGAGACUCAUCGGCAACGGGAAGGCUGUCGCCUUUCUCGGAUGCUGGAAGCAGUGCGGGGUCGACCAAUGGAAGCGCGAACGCUACGGGAGCUGGAGGUGGCGGCAUUAUGGGCGCUCUGGCAUUGGUGCAGGGCAUCAACACCAGAGUACUCUCACUGCCAGAGUAUUGGAGAUCCAUGUAUCUCAAAGAACUGCAAGGGGUCACUGCUCUGCUUGCAUACGCCAACGUAGAAAGCUCGCCAGUGAGCAAGUAUCUCGAUCAGAAAAGACGCGUUGGACUUGCUGAGCAGGUCAACAGCGCCAUCAUUGGUGAGUCAGUUGCGAAAGCCAUCGUGAGCCGGAGGCUUUUGCCUGACCACGCUUGCGCUGAUCCCGCACUCGCGAUCGCAGCGCAAAGUGGGCAACCGUCACAGCCCUUAAUCGAAUCAACAAUCAGACAGACUACUUUUGUGUGGGGCCAAAUAGCAGCGGACAAAGUGCCAGUCCCUCCGAGUCACCUCGCUUUCAUUGGUGGAGAUGCAGGCACGAGUGGCGAUCCAGAAGGCUUCCAGAAGCUCUCACACUUAGAGUCGACGCAUGGCACUGCGAAUGCCAACGGGUCGUCGUCGACAGGUGCUUCCAGCGACCCCCGGAAGAACAGAGGCAGGAUUCUUCCUCCUUGGGAUCUGCACUCUUUCCUGGCGGAUAGGUGAAAGGGCACUUUCACCUGUCGACCGAGCGCGUGAGCGCAACGCGUGCCCGUCAGCCGCCACCCCAUGGCCCUGCAAUUCGAUCACCUAGGCGCCUCCAUACGG